GUUCAUUCAUAUUACAAGUUGUUGAUUGUUCAACAUAGUCCUCCUUUUCCUUGGAAGUGCUAUCUUAUUGUUAUGGAUUGGUGUUUCAUGUGUAAAAAACAUGGGGAAUCUUUAGAUCAUUUACUUUUGCAUUGUGAGGUGACAAUGGCUUUGUGGGAUGUAGAACUGGGUUGGCUUGGGUGAUGCCUUUGAGAGUGGCUGAUCUUCUUGUGUGUUGGAAUGGGCUAUAUGGUUGCUCUCAAGUUGAUGUAGCUUGGAAAAUGGUUCCUUUGUGUCUUAUGUGGUGAAUUUGGAUGGAAAGAAAUAAGUGAUGUUUCAAUGAUAAGGAGUGUACUUUGGAGGAACUUCGGAACUUUGUUGUUCACUCUUUAUUGCUUUGGCUUUCUAUUUUAGUGAUUAACGAAGUUCCUGUCUGUUUUAGUGACUAACGGAGUUUCUGUCUGUUUUAGGUGUUUUCAUUUGUAUACUUGUGUACAUGGGCAUAUCCUUUUUCAUUCGAUUUAAUAAAAUUGUCUUUCUUAUAAAUAAAAAAGUCAUACACACCUGGUGUGCUUCAUUUUCUUGGGUGAUUAAUAAAACCAAUAUUACUUGUAAGAAUGAUUAUUUUUUCUAGUAAAUGAGUGGGUUAUGUACAAUGCUCAUAAAUGACAUUAGGAUGUGUCGGUGCCUCUGAAGACAGUGAAAUGUUUAUUACUCUCUCUCCCCCAAAAUUUCUUGAAAAAUCAAAAUAUCCCUUAGAUUUUGUUCAUAAUUCUAAGAAAAUACACCCCCCCCCCCCCCCCCACCCCCCACAAAAACCAACUUUAAUAGUAUUUGAGUCCACCUCUACCCUGCUGCAACAAAGUGCUUGCUUUUGUUGCGGAACAUGUUUUAUUGGAGUUUUCUGAAGACUGCUGUACAUCCAUAUUCUGACAUUAUAUUUCCAAAGAUCCAAGAUGAGUUAAUAGCACGAGAAAUUGUCAUAAAUGACGCUGAGUCUUCUGUUCGCUACAAGCUCACAAAACGCCAAACACAGGAGGAGAUACAAAAGUGCACGGGUGCUGUGGUUAUAACUAGGGGUAAGUACCAUCCACCAAAUGCGCCUCUUGAUGGGGAGAAGCCCUUGUAUCUUCACAUAUCAGCUGGGGCUCAAUUAAAAGAUACUGCUGAGCGCAUAAUAGCAGUGGAUCGUGCUGCUGCCAUGGUUGAAGAAAUUCUGAAACAAGGUCCAAAUUUACAGCCAGCUUCUUCCACUUUUCAUCUGACUAUAAGCAAUGGAGUGAAGGCACUCAGCACAUGUGUGUUUUUGGGCUUUGACCCGGAUCCAUCACUGAACAUUGCUGCGCGUAUACGUGGACCAAAUGACCAGUAUAUAAAUCACAUAAUGAAUGAAACAGGAGCAACUGUCUCACUAAGAGGACGCGGUUCAGGGGACCUUGAAAGCACACUCGGAGAAGAAGGGCAGCAACCACUGCAUUUAUUCUUAUCAAGCAAUAAUCCUAAAGGAGUUGAAGAUGCUAAGCGUUUGGCUGAAAAUUUGUUGGAUACAAUCAGUGUAGAGUGUGGUGCAUCUAGGGUUUCAUCAUGUAAGGUUUAUAGUGCUGUUCCACCCCCACAGCAGGUUUACAAUGCUGUUCCUCCUCCACGGCAAUUAUUGGCCGGAGUUCUGAGUUCAGGAAAUGAAGUAGCAUUAAAUGCAGAUUCUUCUGCUGGUUUGACAGCUGUAACUGUGGGCUCUACACCAGCUCCCCCAGUUUCCUCUCGUUUGAUCCCUGGGCUCCCUCCUGUCUUUUCUCAAGGGACAGUAUCACAAUCUGGUGGAUAUUUACAUUGUGGGCAGUCUCAAGGAAAAGUAGUGGGCUAUUCCCACCAGGUAGUCUCUGCUGGAACAAGCUACAGUGGAUAUGGUGGGAUAUAUCCUCAAGCCACCCCAUUGCAACAAGUUGCUCUGGCACUUAGGCAGUCACCUUCUCCUGUUAAUUCUGGAUUGGAUUCUACAACAUCAAUACCAAGCAAAGAACCAAAGUCAAGUGUAAGCUCUGAUCCUGAGAAGGAGAAACAGCCUCCACAGAAGCGGAAGUUUCUGGAACUACCAGCUGGCUCAAAGUAUCCUGCAAAACUCCAUCAGGGUUCAGAAUAUUUAAAGCCCGCUGAGCCAUCACCAAAUUUGGGUGUGAGAAAUGUAUCGACUAUGCCAGCCCCAAAGAAGUUGGUCCAGUCAUUAUCAAAUGGAAUGCGACCACCCCUGCCAAGAGACAUGCCCCCACCACCACCUCCACCGAAAUUUCCGUUGUCAACCCAUGCUUUUAAAGGGGAUGUCAAGAACAAUAUCCUGAACAAAACAAAGUCUGAUGCUGUAACUGCCGUUCCUGAUACUCUGGUCAAGCUGAUGGAAUAUGGAGAGGAGGAUGAUGAUCUUGAGGAGAACUAUGAGGAAUUGCUUAGUGGCAACUCCUCUGCACUUGACAGCAACUCUGGUUCAGUGGCAGCUCGAAAACCCUUCUGGGCUUUAUAAAUUAUAGGUCGUAUAAAUUGAUUGAUUGUUGGCAAUGACGACUCAGUUGGAGUUUCUGAAAGUUCAUGCCGAGUAUAACUUAUAUAAAAAAAAAGAGUUCAUGCUGAGUAUAGUGUAGCCUUUCCAGGGUGGUCAGGUGGUCUGAAGCUAUUGGCACAAAUAUGUUAGAAGGUUAGUAAAAUAUGGGGAAUCGUCCAAAAAAGUACUUUAGAAAGGAGGGCUGCUUGUUGAGUAGUAAUUUGGACAUAAUGAGCUGGUGCUUCUGGAUAUUAUUGGUGGCUGGGCAGGCAACAAGAUCUGUGGUUCAUGCUUGUUCUAGUGCCAGUAUAUACGUGUACAUUAAUUAAAUAGGCUUUCUUGUGUAAAUAGUAAUAGGUUUUAAUUUGUUAAUAGAAAUGGAUUUUAAGCUUGAA